AGCCACUCCCCUCGCUCACUGCCGCCCGCUCCUCCUCCGUGCUGCCGCCAAGCCUCCGUCCUGUACCCCCGCAGCCCCCCUGUAAUAAUUUAAUGAAUGCACCAUAAUGACUAACUCCUUAAACCCACACUAACGGUCAAAUCCUGUUUGUGCAAUCUAAUGCAUGUCUUGUGGCGUGUACGUCUACUACAUUUGACAAGAGCAAGAAAGAGCAAUGAAGAUGGAGAAGAUUGCAGCAUUUUGGAAGAGGCUUCAGACAUUUUUAUUUAAGAAUCAGUGUAUGUUUCUGCUUGCAUUUUUUGCAAGGAUAGUACUUAUACUUUAUGGAGUCUACCAAGACCGCACAAUGUUGGUGAAAUACACAGACAUCGAUUACCAGGUCUUUACAGAUGCUGCUGAAUAUAUCACACAGGGAUUUUCACCUUAUCAGAGAGCAACAUAUCGUUAUACACCAUUGCUUGCCUGGAUUCUAACACCAAACAUCUACCUCAGUGAACUAUUUGGGAAGUUAUUCUUUGUGUGCUGUGAUCUAAUUGCUGCAUUCCUAAUCCAUAGAAUUCUCCUCUGCCAAGGUCUGCAUAGCCACUCUGCUAGCAAGUACAGUGCUUUCUGGCUCUUCAACCCGUUGCCUAUGACUGUGUCCAGCCGGGGGAAUGCAGAAUCUGUCAUGGCUGUCCUUGUCUUAUUAACAUUGUAUUGUAUGAAGAAGCGUCACCUUAUAAAAGCUGCAUUUAUCUAUGGUCUCUCUGUGCACAUGAAGAUUUAUCCAGUGACUUACCUACUGCCCAUCGUAUUGUCUCUACAAACACCCAGGACCAAGAAGAGCGAAGUACAGAAAGGAGGUUUCUCGGUUCUGAAGUACUUUAGAAAUGUCUGGGAACUGGUCCUAAGGCUCCUCAAUUGGAAAGUUCUACUCUUUGGAGUUGUAUCUGGUCUCACUUUCUUCAUGUUAAAUGGUAUCUUUUAUUAUAGUUAUGGUUGGGAAUUUCUUGAACACACAUACCUAUAUCACUUGAUAAGGAGAGAUAUUCGGCACAAUUUCUCCCCAUAUUUCUACAUGCUGUACCUGACCGCAGAGAGUAACUGGAGCUUUAGCCUGGGGCUUGUGGUCUUUUUACCUCAGAUAUUGCUGCUAACAGUUGUAUCUGCAGCAUACUAUCAAGACCUGGCCUUCUGCUGCUUCCUCCACACUGCCAUCUUUGUCAGCUUCAACAAAGUGUGCACAUCCCAGUAUUUCCUCUGGUACCUGUGCUUACUGCCGCUAGUUAUGCCUCGUCUACAGAUGUCUUGGCAACGGGGGACAUUUUUGCUUAUUUUGUGGUUUUGUGGACAGGCCACAUGGCUAGCUCCUGCCUAUUUUCUGGAAUUUGAAGGACAAAAUACAUUUUUCCUAGUUUGGCUGGCUGGAUUGUUCUUUUUGAUUAUAAAUAGUUAUGUUCUUGCUGAAAUCAUUAGAAAAUACAAACUACAGAGAGAGAAAAAGAAGAAAAGAUAAAUGUCAAUAGGUGCGGUUAGUUUUCCUGAGCUGGGAUUAAUGAGUGAGUGUGUUAUGCACUUCAGUGACAUAAAUGACAGCAGAGAAAUCAGGAUGGACCAUUAGUAUAUGACUGUAGCACGUGAUUUGUGCAGCUGAGCUGCUUAACACUGUGAGACAGACUUUCUCGUGUUAAUGUAUAGUAAUGGUAACCUGUUUUUUUACAUAAUAAAGAUGUUUAUUUUUAACUCAAGAAACAUUUUUUACAUGUUUGCAAAACACAGUAAAACAGAACUGUGUGCUAUAUAGAGGUUAGUACAUCUUUGCACUGUCAGUUUAAAGUGGAAGUAAGUUGAAAAAUUAUAUAUGCUUAACUGUAAACUAGGGCUAGCACAGGAGAAUAUAAAUGCUAGACCUAGGGGAAGAUGUACUAAGCAGUGAAUAGAGUGGAGAAGUGAGCCAGUGGAGAAGUUGCUCAUGACAACCAAUCAGCAUUGAGGUAACAUUUAUAAUUUGCAUAAUAUCAAAUUAUACAGAGCAGCUGAUUGGUUGCCAUGUGAAACUAUUCCACUGGCUCACUGUUUUCACUGCUUAAUACAUCUCCCCCAUGGUCUUAUGUUAACAGUCAGUACAGGCUGUGAACCAAGAAUGUGUCUGCUACCUUUUCAGCUUCCCUUGAUUAGGUACAGUACAUCGACAACUGAAAAGUCAUCGCCACUAAUAGGGUUAGGCUGUUGGGAGAGGUUAAGGCUAUGCUGUGGGAGGUGUGUUGAGGUUUAGGUACUAGGGGUAGGGAUAGAGGGUAGAAUAUUCAUUGGAACACUGCUGCUGAGACGUCGCUGCCAGAACUGCUCCGCAUGUGACUACCAAGACCUGGAAAAACAUUGAGUCCUGGUAUUCCCUUUAUAGAGAUGCAAGAGGAAGAAGUACCAACAUCAGACAUAGUAAAUGUAUAUAAAGAGGUACUUAUCUUAGCGAAGACAUUCCAGUACAACAGUAAGUUAUUCAAUCACCUAACUCUGAAAGAAGUAAUUUUAGAAACCCACAAAGAGGGUCAUUCCGAGUUGAUCGCUAGCUACCGUUGUUCGCAGUGCAGCAAUCAGGCUAAAAAUCGGCAUUUUUGCGCAUGCAUAUGCACCGCAGUGCGCACGCGCGACGUACGGGUACAAAGUCCUUUGUGGUUUUGCACAGGUCCUAGCAAAGCUUUCAGUCGCACGGCACAACACAGGAAGAUUGACAUGAAGUGGGCGUUUCUGGGUGGCAACCGACUGUUUUUAGGGAGUGCUUAGAAAAACGCAGGCGUGUCAGGGAAAACGCAGGCGUGGCUGGGCGGGUGUGUGACGUCAAAAGCCGUCCCACCGUCGUUAGAAUCAACGCACACGAAGAGUAUCUACAGGGCUGGUCUUGUUUUGCACAAAAAGAUUUUGCAGGCGCUCUGCUGCACAAGCGUUCGCACUUCUGCAAAGCGAAAAUACACUCCCCGGUGGGUGGAGGCAAAGCGUUUGCACAGCUGCUAAAACUGCUAGCGAACGAUCAACUCGGAAUGACCCCCAAAGUACACAACUUAAGGUGGAUGUGGCUGCAUCUGAAUAAUGAGCUGUAGGCAAAAUGCACCCCAACAAAUGUGGUUAUUGCCCUACGUCAUAUACCCUGUAAGUUAUCAAACCUAAUGCAGUGUAACACAGGCUAUAAAAGUAAUUUGACAUUGAUAUCCAAUGAUUACCUUCCUGGUAUGUAUGGGGACAAAUCAGCCAUUACUGGAAAUGGAACUCAUUACUACUAAGUACGCCAAUUGUACUGCUCCACUGGAAUGUCAUAUUAUAGGAUAAAUGUGGCUUUGUAUGUAAGAAUUCGCUUCAGGUAAUAAAGGAAUAACCCAAAAA